CUCCGAACACAGAGCUCCUCUCCCUCCCCGCAACCAACCGCCGACGCCUAUAUAAAGCGUCGCGACGCCUGUUCCACGCCAGAACUCGAACGCAUCGCAAGAGUGUUGGCGGGUUUCGUUCAGGAUUUAUUACUGCGAAUUUCAGUUUGAAACUAAGCAAUUGGUCAGAUUCUUCGGUUAGAAAUUUACCAUCUGGUAUAGAAUUCUAUGACGAGAGAAAAAUUGAGCUUCGAAAAUCAGUGAGCGACAGUGAUUGUGUGCCAAUUAGUGUCUACCGGAUCUCCGAUCGUCUUUGACGACGAAUCGCAUUUCUGCACAGCUGUAAUUACCAAGGUUCCAGAUGUGGCCCCUCCUAGUCGUUUUGGCUUUGGUCGAUGCCUCGACCUCGAGAACUGAAAGUUUGAAUUUCAAGAACAGCCACAACGGAAUUCCCCUGCGAUUGAACGACCUGAGUAUGAACGUGAACGACAUGCUUCGUAAACCGGAAACCGACCGUCUCGACGAGUACGCAUCUGCACUGUCCGCAGUUCCCCUCACUGACGAUGCAAUCGGGGAAAAUGGAAACAAAUAUCAGGGCGACGAGGAACCUUUCGAUAAAUUGUCCAUAUUUGAGGACUUCGGGGAAAACCAACUCGACGGAAACGCUGACGACAGGAUUCCGCCAAGCGAGGUAGAGGACGACACUGAACUCGGUCAAUUGUCCGCAUACCUUACCCAACUCCUUCAGGAACCGGGUGGCUGGGAGCCUCCCGUCUUCGUGAUCGAGGAACCAGCCGUUCAAUGGGAGAGUCCUGGAGAGGUGGACGAUUUGCAGGAUGGACUUGAGGCUCUUCCGACACCGUGGAAACGUUCUCGUUACUACAGACGAUAUCCUUGGAAGCGACAGAACUCCAGGUCUCAUUACGCAAAUGACAGCUCAAGAUACCUCUGCACGCCGACUCGGGAGGACGUCUUUCAGCUGCUCGUCGCACUGCACGACGCACGUCAAGGGAACAAGUCCAAAACCGUGAAUUUUUGCAAACGGCGACGUCCCGCCGGAACGGUGUUCACCAACAUCCGUUUCCUCGGACGCAGGAAAUAGUGAGGACUCGACGCGUUUUCCCACAUCCUGCAGCUACACUAUACCGUAUACUUAUAUGAACACACUUCGUAUUUUCAAUAAUCACUCUCUCGCUGAUACCCCGUGUUGUAAUGGCGAAUGCUGAGCACACGGCUAGUCAAUAAACCGAUUAAACCUA